AUGGCAUCCCCGAAUGAGUUGCCCAUGGAUCAGCUCCAUCCCGGGCAAGGGCAAAGCUGGAGUAAGACUUUCGGAAAUGGCUCGAUACAGAAGUAUCACCGACUGGCGAAUAUAAUGAGCCAGGAUAAACAUUUCGCUAUUUUCAGACGAUUCGAUGAUAUUAACCUUGCUGUCCUUUUGGCCCUCCAGGCGGAGAUAGUGGAUCUUCAAUAUCAUUUGCAGGUUCAAAGCCAAAAGGACAAUAGUGGUCAAGGCCAGCGGGACCUCUUGACGAAACUGCAACCAAAGCUCACGGAGUAUAUGUCGGAGUUAUCUCAACUGCAGACCCCAAGGACAUCGCAACUAGAGACUCUCCAAGACUGGCUAACGGACUCCAAAGGAGGUGCUAACUUCCUCGCGAAAUCCGGUACCCCGGAACUUUACACCUGGAAACCAAAGGACCCGUCUCAGUAUGUUUCCUUACACAAGACGGCUGAGGACUCUGAUCCAUUUACCAACUUUGUAAAAGAGGUCCUUACAUUCAUCUUCCACCGGUUGUGUGGCGAGAGACUCAAUGCUGCCAGGGUAGUUGACGUCGAGUCCGGGUUGGCCUCAUACUCCGAUUCCAGCCUCGUGAGAGCAAGCAAUCUAUUCACGGUUAUUGUGUCGUCAGCACUGCCAGUUCUUACGAUAUUUGCACUCAAUAGCCUUGAGACAACAGCUCAGAGGAUUGGCCUCACUGUGGUCUUUACUGUUCUUUUUGCGGUCAUCCUGGAGCUGUUCACAAACGCAAAGAGGGUUGAAAUUUUUGCCGCAACGGCUACGUGA